GGGAGAUAGAAGGCGGUGUUUAUUUUCCUUCUAUAUUUAUUUAUCUUAUUUCCCCCUGCUGCUCGAUCUAAGAGAUAUUUGCAUUUUCAUGUGGAGAAAGACGAUCCGAGUUAUGUUUAUAAUAAGCACGAGCGAUCAUAGACUUUGCUAGCAAGGGUUCUUGUCUUGCUCAGCCUGAACUUCCCGUUGCAGAAGUGCAUAGACGAAAGAGAGAGAGAGCGAGCUGCAGGAAAAGGGAACAUAACGCACGGGACUCGUAUAGUUGCAGUUGUCCCUCCACGUCCAGACACUCAUCGUCGCGCGUAAAAACUACCUUUAUUUGUGAAGGAUACGCUUUUUAUCGAUCUUGCUUUAGUGUGAAACGGUGGUUUCCUGCACGGGGAUUUAAUGGGAGUCUUGCAUCAAUAAAGCGCACCCCCCACCCCCUGACGGACCCUCGCUCGAACCGGAUUCGGGCGCUGUCCUCACCGGGGGGGUGUCCGAUCCAAUUUCUAAUUUUGACUACGAAAAGCAAACUGUGGAGUCCGAAUAUGGCAGGAAAUCUGAAGAAAGGUGGGGGGCUUAUUGGCAUGAUGAAGGACGCUUUUCAGCCUCACCAUCACCUCCACCACUCCAAUCACCAGCCCGGGGCCGUUGACAAAAAGACGGUGGAGAAAUGCUGGAAAUUCAUGGACAAGGUGGUGCGGUUAUGCCAGAAUCCCAAGUUGGCCUUGAAGAACAGUCCUCCAUACAUACUGGACUUGUUGCCAGACACCUACCAGCAUCUGCGCACUAUCCUGUCUCGUUACGAAGGCAAGAUGGAAACGCUGGGUGACAACGAGUACUUUCGUGUUUUCAUGGAGAAUUUGACCAAGAAGACGAAGCAGACCAUUAGUCUGUUCAAGGAUGGCAAAGAGCGAAUGUUCGAAGAGAACUCUCAGCCCAGACGGAACCUGACAAAAUUGUCACUGAUAUUCAGUCACAUGCUAGCUGAGCUCAAAGCCAUCUUUCCCAAUGGCCUGUUUCAAGGGGACAACUUCAGAAUCACCAAAGCAGAUGCUGCAGAGUUCUGGAGAAGAUCGUUCGGGGACAAGACUAUUGUGCCUUGGAAGGUGUUUCGGCAAGCCCUGCACGAAUUCCACCCCAUCAGCUCGGGCCUGGAGGCCAUGGCCCUUAAAUCUACCAUUGACCUCACCUGCAACGACUACAUCUCCGUCUUUGAGUUUGACAUCUUCACCAGGCUUUUCCAGCCAUGGUCAUCACUGCUGAGAAACUGGAACAGCCUGGCGGUGACUCAUCCGGGAUACAUGGCCUUUCUCACCUAUGAUGAAGUCAAAGCUCGUCUGCAAAAAUUCAUCCACAAGCCCGGCAGCUAUAUUUUUAGACUGAGCUGUACGCGGCUCGGCCAGUGGGCUAUCGGUUACGUCACGGCUGAUGGGAACAUCUUGCAGACCAUUCCUCACAACAAACCCCUCUUCCAGGCCCUCAUCGAUGGCUUCAGGGAAGGAUUCUACCUUUUUCCUGAUGGCCGCACUCAGAACCCAGACCUCACAGGGCUGUGUGAGCCCUCUCCUCAAGACCAUAUCAAAGUCACUCAGGAGCAAUAUGAGCUGUACUGUGAGAUGGGCUCCACCUUCCAGCUGUGCAAGAUCUGCGCAGAGAACGACAAGGAUGUGAAGAUUGAGCCGUGCGGCCACCUCAUGUGCACUUCCUGCCUUACAGCCUGGCAGGAGUCAGAAGGCCAGGGCUGCCCCUUCUGUCGCUGUGAAAUUAAGGGCACCGAGCCCAUCGUUGUUGAUCCCUUCGACCCCAAGGACCCCAACAGUGGAGGUUCCUACGGAGGCUGCCGAGGCACAUUUGGAGCGGAGGGUGCGCCAUCGCCCAGCUACGACGAUGACGACGAUGAUCGAUUGGAAGACUCUGCUUUCAUGAUUAGCAAGCUGGUCGGUUCUAAAGUGGAGAGGCCGCCCUCACCGAUGUCAGUCUCCCCUCAGCCCAUCGUUCCCCCAGUACCACCACGCCUGGAUCUGCUUCCUCUUAGACCCACUAACCCUCCCGGAGCCUCAAGUCCAGGGGCCACAUCCAAGGUAAAUGCACUAGCAUGCCCCUCACAUCACAAGGACAAGCCAUUACCCUUGCCCCCAACUUUAAGAGACCUGCCCCCUCCUCCUCCCCCAGACCGGCCACAUCCAACCGGGUCGGACAGCCGGCUUCCAAGACGCCCUCUGCCCAGUACACCCGGAGACCCUUCUCGGGACAAAUUGCCACCUACCCCUCCCAACCGCAACAUGUCAGACUGGAACUCGCGGCCGGUACCCAAAGCGCCAUCCCAGCCACCAGCAACCGUAGAUCCCCGUGGAAAACGAGAACUCUCCAACCGACACUCCCUGCCCCUGCAACUACCCUCUGCACUUGAUGGCAGAGCAGAAGGCACAAGAAACAAUGGUGGUCUCCCCAGCCUCGACCACCAACUGAGUUUUGGAUCAUCCAUUGCUGGGUCAGAGUAUGACAGCCCAAAAGUGAAGCCGUCUGCCUCAGCUAAUGCCAUCUAUUCCCUGGCCAUCAAGCCUCUCCUAGCAGUGAAGCCGCAGAUGGGGGAGGACACCUGUGAGAACGAUGAGGAGUCGGAGUACAUGAUUCCAUCCUCUCUGCCAGCCCUUCCUUCUGCUGCAGAGGAGGCAGUGCCCAGACCUCCUCCACCUUCUCUUAGUCCCAGGAGCAUGCUCAAUGAAAUGGAGUCAGAAAGCCCACAGAUGUAUGAAGCCAUGUUCAACAUCCAAGCCCAGGCCCUCACUGCCUCUGGAUCACAGGCCGGAGACUCAGAUUACUCCGAAUUGCCUCCUUUGCCCUGCUCGAACGGGCAGAUGGAUCCGGUUGGUGAGGAAGAGGAGGAGGAGGAGGAGAACUGCUAUGACUACCCCAAACCUCUAGCUUUUGCCCAAGCCCGGCGCACACUCUCUGACAUUAACCCCUCUGCCUUCAGCCAUCUCUUCAAAGACAACGAGCUUGGAGCAACAGCAACAGUCACAGACCCAUCUGAAGCCCCUGAGCGGCCUCCAAAGCCUCUUCCUCGUCGCAUCAACUCAGAACGAAGGCCUAGUCCUGUUCCCCUCGGAGCAGGUCCCGGGCCCAGCCAGCAGAUCACCAGCGAGAUCGAGGACCUCUUGAGCCAGGGCUACUCCCACCAGGAUAUCCAAAAAGCUCUUUUGAUUGCACAGAACAAUAUUGAGAUGGCCAAGAACAUCCUGAGGGAGUUUGUGUCCAUCCCUUCUACUGCACAUAUCCUAACAUAGCGUACCUUCUCAGAGUACCCGUCACGGCCCUGCCAUGCAUUCGUCUCAGACUCCAGAAGAUGGGGAAACUACUUCUAGCUCUAGUGACGGCGAGAGCUCCUUUCUCCAUAAUACUUCUUGGAUUCUCUGUCCUCCUUUUUGUGUGGAAGAACGCGCUCUGUUGCAAGCAGCUCUUCAGCCUGAAGCAUAAGCAGUUUUGGUGUGUCAAGGUGUCGCAUGACCCUCGAGGGUUUCUGUGAAACUUAAGGACAAAACAAAAAAAAAAAAUUGUCAAAAACAUGUAUGUGUUUAUAUAAUGAUUUAAUGUAUAAAUCAGAAUAUUGAGUAUAGUUAAUAUAUACACAUGUAUGUUGGAGAGGGUCAGGGUUAGCUGCAGAGAUGUGAAGUAUUAAGCCUUCGUUUGGAUAGCUAAAGGGAGUUUAGUUAAACACAGCGAACUGCAGCUGAGCAUUUUCUGGUGUGAAAAAAAUGGCCUUUUACUUGUAUUGCUUCUGUACAUUUGUGUGUGUGUGUGUGUGUGUUUGUGUAUGUGUGUGAUUUUCAUUGUUUUCGUCUGGCAAGUAGCAUGGCGUAUGUGUCGCCCCCGUAACGCAGUCAUCUGUUUAAGAGAAUCUGCCAGAUGAGGUGAUGUUUUGGGAUAACGCUCAGCCCAAAGCAGCCUGUUUUCUGCUAUGACCAUAACAUCCAGGUCACUGUUUGUACAGGGCUGUAGGAUUUCUGUGCGUUGUGGCGGCUGGCAUCGGAAAUGGGCUCUCCGUCAGCUUUGUUACGUCUGAGUAGCAUUACUGUAACUGUACUGUACCAUAAAUUUCACUCCGAAAAUUGAGCAGAUGAAAUGUAUUAUUUAAAGUGAUAGUUCACCCAAAAUUCUGUCAUAAUUUACUCACCCUCAUGUCAUUUUAAACCCAUAUGACUUUCUUCCUUGGAACACAAAUGGAGAUUUUAGGCAGAAUGACAGGCUCAGUCAUCAUUCACUUUCAUUAUUGGUUUCUGAGACCCAAGAUACUGAAAUGAGUCAAAUGAGUAUAUGAUGACCGAGUUUUCAUUUUUUGCUAAACUAUCACUUUUAGGACAACCAGUCCUUUCAAUUCCCAGUGGGUGGAACAUGCUGAUGAAGGGUAGAUGCCUCUUAAGACAAAUCAGAUUUUAGAAGCAGGGUCCCAGCACCUCACUUUACUCCCCAUGUCUGAAGCAGGAUGAGAGCGGAUUGCUCUAAUCUUCUGAAUGUGUCAUUAAUAUGGUGGUCUCUGGCAGACUUUUGUGAAGUAGUGUGUUUACUAAAGAAAGUGUUCUCUAACAUAUUAAGGGUAACGUGGAAAGAAAGUAUUUGCUUAUAAAGGUCCAAGGCAUGGCAAAGUUUCUGUCUUCGGUGGGGACUGAAAUCACUCAUGGGGAGGUCUGACUUGUGUAUGAAGCUGUUCAUCUUCGAAACCAUGUCAUUUGAUCACCUUAAUAUAUUGUUGUUGAUAUUAAUGUUAUUUUAUUUUUUGAUUUAUUGUUAUUAAAACAGAAUUGCUUUACUGCUGCUAUUAUUGUUAGUGCUAAACAUUUAAGCCUUAAAUGUACAUUUGUGAAUAAUGUGUUUAACCCAUUUUAAAGUGACAGUAUCUGUUCUGUGUAAUUUGUUAAUGUAGCAUACUUGAAAUCAGAAGCAUCUUGCGCAGGUAUGAGCCCAGUUUGACUGAGCUGAUAUUUUUUCUCUGUCUGUAGUGUGUGUGUGUGUGUGUGUGUGUGUGUGUGUGUGUGUGUGUGUGUGUGUGUGUGUGUGUGUGUGUGUGUGUGUGUGUGUGUGUGUGUGUGUGUGCGCGCGCACGAUGUGCAUGCACGCGAACAUGUGUGGCUAUAAAAGGCCAGACAUGGGAAGUCUAUUUUCAUCCAGGUACACUUUACGUUGCAUAUUGCUUGAAAUACAUACGUUUAUCGAUGUGAACUGAGGUAAACUGUGCAUUGGGCUCAUCGCAGAAGGUCUUGUAGGACAAGGAAAGAAAAUAAAUACAAGGCUUUGUGUUAAAAGGAUAGUUUACCCAAAAACAAAAUUCUGUCAUCAUUUAUUCACUCUCAUGUUGAUCCAAACCCAUUAACUUUGUUUUUCUUCUAUCCUCCAUGUUAAAAAAAGAUAUUAGGAGAUAUUAUAAUGUUAGCCUCAUUAACCAUUCAAGUUCAUUGAAUACGUUUUUCAUAAUAGACAGUCAUACGGGUUUGGAACAACAUUAGGCUUAGUAAAUGAUGACAGAAUUUUCCUUUUAGGUUAAACUAUCCCUUCAACACAAUCACGGAUUGGAUCAACCUUUCAGCGGCAGCCCUGUUAAAGCCAUGAUCGCAGUGCCCAUAGUCCGCCUGCUGUUAGGAGAGGGGAGAAGUUCCUAUUUUUGGUUCCUCCCAGUCUCCUCUUGUACUCAGGAAAACCGUACAUUUAAACAGAAUCUACAUUAAUGACUCUAUACUCGUGAGUGGAAAUUUACCUGUUAGUCAGUGCAAGACUUGCUCAGAUUCAGAGUGAAAUCAGUGCUAGACUUAACUGUACCAAACCAUGCUCAAGUGGAAAUGCAAAAGCAAAUGUUGCUCACCGUGCUAAGAACCAUUCUGCCCGAUGCUGCAAAACUACUUAAUUUUCUCUUAAACAAAUCCUCCGAGCUAUGGUGUACUAGUGACCCUUGGUUGUUCCGCCAUUCAAAUUGGGGUAGCACAAGGAAAAUCUAGGAGGACAGUUCCCCCUUUAAAAAUUAUAUAAAAAUAAAUGCACUAGUAAUUCUUUUAAGUGAGUUUAUCAAACCCUGCUGUGUGGAAUUGCUUCUGGGUUACAGGACUUGUGCUGAAAUUAGAACUUCACAGAAUAAUUUUAGGUCCUACUUGCCCCAACAGUGUAGCACUGGGAUUGCAGGUACUUCCACAUCUCUAUCUUGUAGGUACAUACAUAACAUUGGCAUCUUACCGUCAGCCACUUUCCCAGCAGGGGAGCAGUGAGUGAAUUGUUCAAGUUGUAGACUGUUACUGUUGUUUUGUUGUUUCUGUUCCAGUCUUGAAGCAAAUGACUGGUUUAAUACUGAUAUAUUUUAUUUUUAACUGCACCAUAUGAAGUUUUUGUAAUAUGAUAUGUGUGAACUGAUUUCAGACCAUGGUUUUUGAAUAAUUUCAUUUUUAAUUACUAUACUACUAUUUUGUGAUAUUAUUGUAAGUCUAAUGGAUGUUUGUGUUUAAAAGUGUACAAUGUUUCGCACAGUGUAACGAUUUGUGCUAUGAUACUGUCACUUUAAAAUCAAGCGUGAGAAGUUACUUAUACAUAGAAUACGUCGAAAUGGCAAUGUUUUAUUUCAUUUUGCAUUCCUGUACAUGUCAGAAUUUUAUUUUUGUUUACUGAUGCGAAUAUUACUGUGAGCAGUGCCAUAUGUUUGGAAAUGUCGAUAAUUUUCUUCUGCUGCCCAGAAAAAAAGGCCUUAGUUUAAAGAGUGAAUGAUAUCCCGGCGUAAGUUCCCUCACAACAUUUGGAAAAUGUCCAUGGUCGCUCUUUGGCUUGGUCAGAGACGUCAUAAUGAAUAUCUGUCCAUUACUGGAAUGUCAAGUCAGACCGCAAGAGGGAGCUCUCUUCUCAUUUUGCCAUAACUUACCAGAGUAUUUCAGGAUCUUUCUUUUGUGCUAAUUCUCUCAUAUCACUUUGGAAGUAUGCACAGCGCUAUACUGUUAAUUAAAUUAAUAGAACAACUCAUUGUUCUCAGUGCUGAUUUGUGUGUGUUACUUUCUGUCUUCUAUACACAGUGAGGGGGAAAUAGGUGUUGGUGCACUAGAGAUGUGACCAAGUGCUGCUAAUGUUUAAAACGUUGUUGGAAGAUGUAUUUUUUAAAAACAAAGUACAGAAUUGGUGUAUACCCUCUUGAUAACGAGGAUGUUUGAAGUUGCCUGAAGGUCGAGAUGAAAACAAGUAAUGUUUUAGCGAUUCAGUGUUUUCGCUUGUGAAAAAGUGACGUCAUUCAAUCAAUUCAAAUAAAUACAUGCCCCGCCUCCAGCUGAAUAGAAAUUAUGAUUGUUUGACCAAUUUCGAGCCUUUAGCCGAAUUGGAGGGUUUGACUGGUUCUCCCUCUCUUGUCCAUCUUUCUCGCGCUUCUAUGUUAAAGGGGGAAAAAUUUUUAAAUGAUCUAAUUUACUCGCCCUCAUGCCAUCCCAGAUGUGUAUGGACUUUCUUCUACUGGACACAAACUACAAAUCUAAAUCAGCUCUGUAGGUCCAUACCAUGAAAGUGAAAGCACAUAAAUGUUAACCACGUGACUUCAAUAACAGUAGUUUAAUAAAUGUCUUCUGAAGCAAUCCAAUCGGUUUUGGGUGAGAACAGACCAAAAUAACACCUUUUUUCACAAUAAAUCUUGACAACAGCAGUCUCCCUGGCGAUAAUUAUUUCAAGCUUGAUUAUGCCAGCUAGUGCUCUGCCAGAGAUCUUCUAUGCUGAGAUAACAACCUUUUGUGAUUUUAACAUUUCAGAGAGCGUAAUGGUCAACUAGCGUGUUACGACAGCAAGUCGCAGGCUGUGGAUACCAUACAAAUGAAUUGGGAAAGCCAUAAACUGACCGUGACUUUUCUUAUAAAACUGUGAUUUUAUCAUAGUAAACUCCACACAUAUUUCACUUCAAAAAAGGAUGGUUUAGUGUAAAGGUCCAAACUCCGCGUAAGUACGUGAACGCAGAUGAAUCUUGCUAUGCAAACUCUAUUUCACAUGUCACGUUAUGCUGUUCUCUGCUAACCUUGUAGGCUCCCCCAUUAGAUGAGCUCUGGCUCUGCGCAUGCGUCAAUCACUAGGAAGUGUAAUCGAGCUUGAAAUCAUGAUUGUACCAAUGGAGACUUCAAUGGCAUGAUGUACGGUGAAACAGGAGUUAUAUUUUAGUUUGUCCUCAUACAAAACCGAUUGGACAUGAAUUAAACCACUGGUGUCUGAUGGAUUACUUUUAUGAUACCUUUUAUAUGUUUUCAUUUUUUGGAACCUUCAAAGGUCUGGUCACCAUUCACUUGCAUUCACAGAGCUGAAAUAUUGAUGAUGAUGAGUAAAUGAUAAGAACAUUUAAAUUUUUGUGUGAAUUGUCUCUUACUAAUCCAUGCAUGAGACAAUCUAAAUUAUGUUUUAUUUACAAAGUGUAAUAUAUAUAGACAGGGUUGGGAGGGUUACUUUUGAAAUGUAUUCCACUGCAGGUUGUCCACAUGCAUUCUGAUUACAGAAUACAUGCUGUUAAAUGUCAUUUAUAACGUUUUCCGUUAGAUUACUCAAGAUCAGUAACGUAUUCUAAAUACUUUUUAAUUACUUAGUGAUUUUUUUGGAUUACUG